AUGGCGGGACAACUGGUAGGAGCAGCCUUUGCCUCAUCCCUCAGCGACAGAGUAGGAAGAAAGACCGUCCAUCUUGGCUCAAACCUUUUGACCUUUAUAUUUGGAAUUUCCAUGGCCUUUGCGUCAAAUUAUGCAACACUGGCAGCCAUGAAAUUUGUUCUUGGCGUUUUUCAACAGGUUGUCAUUAAGUCUAAGUCUGGUUUGGAAAGCUUCUUCUUAAACUUGUCCUUACUCUUGCGACGAUCUCCUAUGAUUUGCUUUCUCUCUCAGGGAGUGGUCAUGCCCGGUGUUGUCUUAUUCGUGGAACUCCUUCCAGAGCAGGGUCGCUUUUACUCUUCAGUGAUAGGCCUCCUUACUUGGAGCACAGGUCUGAUUAUCAUGACUGCGAUUGCUUAUCUACUGCAGAACUACUCCUGGAGAUAUCUUCAAAUUACACUUACCUGUUUUUCCUUUAUGAGCUUGUUCCAAUAUUGGAUUCAAGACGAAUCAUUACGAUGGCUCGUAGUCAACAGGAAAGAGAAAGAAGCGGAACGAAUAGUACGAAAGGUUGCCAAAUGGAACAAACUUGAUUAUGAGAAUCUCAGGGAGAAUGUGAAAAAGAGAAUGGCAUUAAGGAAUAAAGAAAAAGAAGAAACAGACAAAAUGCUGGCCGAACAGCAACAGCUCCAUGUUGUUGAAAAAUACUCCAUCAUUACCAUCCUUAGAAACAAAUCUGUCUUCGUCAUUUCCCUCCUCAUGUGUUUCACAUGGGUGACUAACACACUGACAUACUAUGGGUUGAUCCUCACAGCUACGUCGUUGGCGGGAAAUCGUUUCCUUAACUUUUUCUUCAUGUCCUGUGUAGAAUACAUUUCAGUUAUUCUGGAAUACAGCAUGCUACGCCGGUUUGGGAGAAGAACUACAACAAUUUUUUUCCAAUCUUUAGCUGGAACUUCACUGGCUUUUGCCACCCUGUUGAAAUACUUUUCAGAUGGAGAUGGAACGCUCAUAUUACUAUCCGUUUUGGCGACCUUUAUCGGGAAGAUGUCUGUGACUGGGUCAUUUAGUGUGCUAUUUCUCCUUACUCCUGAACUGUUUCCCACAAAUCUAAGGAAUGUCGGUAUCGGGAUUUGUUCAACAUUCUCUAAGAUUGGUGCCAUGAUAUCGCCUUUUGCUGGAACUUUGGCACGAGCUGUACCUUGGGCCCCGGGAACCAUUUUUGCUCUGAUGUGUUUUAUUGUCACAAUUAUUGCUUUGUAUUUACCGGAAACACAUGGAAUGGAUUUACCUCAGACUCUGGAUGAAGUAAAAAGAUGGUACGCAGAAAACAGUGGACUUCGCCUACGUAAAAGUCGGAAAAAAGAAAACAGUGUAUAUGAAGACUCUGAUGUUCCUCUAGCAGUGGCAUCCAAAGACCAAAAAGGAAAUUUAGAAAUGAACAAUUCUACUCUUUGUUAG